AUGUUGAGGAAAACCACGAAACUCUUUAUAUUGAUAAUAUUACCAACAGUCAUAUAUUUGUAUUUAACAUCUCCCUCACAAUCCCUUGUUAGACCAAAGAUAGAAUUUUUCUCUAAAAACGAGAAGAGGUCACCUACUGUGUCCGGUAUCCUAGCUACCAAGAAAUCAAACUACAGUUCCAGUAGUGGUCUCCAUGCCACACAAGUUUUAAAACGUAGACAAAGUGCCAAGAAAGCUACAAAGGCACUGAAAACAGCAAACUCUGAAAAAUUUUUGAUGUACCUUUGUGAUGGUAGAAAACUUUGUGGUGGAUUAAGUGAUCGGCAGCGGGGAAUAGCUUACGCCUUCAUGGUUGCGCUUCAGCUGGAUAGAAAGUUUGGAAUCAUCAUGUCUACACCUUGUGAUAUUAGACAAUUUUUUAUUCCAAAUAAAUACAACUGGAUUAUUGCUGAAAGUGCCCUGGUCGGGAAAUCACAGAAAAUCAUCAAGUUUAUGCAUAGAGGAAUAUAUGAUUUGUCAAACGAAACAGCCGAGGUGAUAUAUUUAAAAUCUAGUACUCUUCUAUAUUGUGACGUAUAUCGUCAAAUCGAGCAUAAAUUACCCCCAUAUCUUAAAGGUGGAACGACACGAACCCAAAUUUUUAAACUUAUUUGGGAAUCAUUGAUGAAACCAUCACGUCACGUGAUCAAUCGUUUAAAAACAAUCGCUCUGCGAGAAAAUAUGACUUGUGCGCAUGUCCGGAUCGGACAAAGUGAAAAUUUGCCCAACGAUGCAUCGAAGAAUAACAUAACGAAUGUGCCAAAACUUUGGGAAUUUAUGGAUAAAUUGGACACAGCAAAUAAAAUAUUUAUCGCAACUGACAAUAUCGAAGUUCGAAAUACAGCACGGCGGCGAUUCGGUAAGCGUUAUUUUGAUUCCGAGGGUAAAAUCCUACACAUUGACAGACAAAAAGGAAUGGAUGCGGACUGCCUUGGGUUCGAGACUGCAGUAGUUGAUCAAAUAAUACUGUCCAAAUGUAAGGUUCUAAUAGUCUCAAAGAGUGGUUUCAGUGAACUAGCCGCCUCGAUUAGAAAUGAUCCAAAAGAACUCUAUAAAUUUCAACGUUCCAAUAUAUUUCCCCUCCAUUUCCCAGAGCCGCAGCUCAAUGGAUCCCAUUGUACACGAAUGAAACCAAUAUAA